AAGCGAUGAGUCAAAAUGUCAAAUAUACUUGGGAAAGGGGACUAAAAGUAGAAUGGGUCAUAGGCGUAUAGGUGAGAACCACAGGCCAGUGGGACCCUUUCUUUUCCAUCAAUACUAUCUGCAUUCACGCCACGUGAUGGUGAUAAGAGUCGUCUACAGUGGGACUUGACUAAAUAAGGCGUAGAUGAUCAUCAUGAAAAAGCAAAAAAAAAAAAAAAGGAAUGAACGGCUUAAAGAUAACGGAAAUGUGAAAUUGAAUUAAACCAUGGGCAAAAAAAUGAUAAAGAUUUUUGGAAAUCCAUGCAAAAAUAAAACGCGUGACCGCCUCCAUGUAUAGUCGGCGAAAGCCAUUCUUGUCACCUUCUCCUCUUCACACGGGUUCAAAAGAAAAGAGACUAGACAAGAAAGUUGACAAUAUAUUAAUUCGUUUGAAAUAAAACAAAAAUACAUAAAUUAAUUAAUUAAAAAGAAAAUUAAAUAAAAUCUUCUAUGCAAGUUUUGUAUGACUGGUUGCAGAGAAUCAUGCUCCCACCCAACAAGCAGUAAGCCAUUCUGGUUCGUCAGCGUGACACCACGUGAACGCAAUGGGAAAAUUGGUCCGAAAUGGGGACAAGAAAAAAAAAAGAAAAAAAAAAGGGGAAAAGAAGAGAGAGAGCGUUUCCGCGUAGACAGAUAAAGACCGAGAGAAGAAACUGUUGGUAGGGAGAAAUGGAGAGAAUGAGAGGAAAGAAAAGCUUACUUUGGUUUCGUUUUCUUGAAUCUGAACGAAUAAUAAAAAACGCUCUCUUUGACACCUGAGCUUAUAUCAAAUCUUUCUAUCUUUCCCCUUUUUUUAAGGUUUCUUCAGGGUUUGUUUUUGUGAUCUUUCUUGAGGGUUCACACUGCUUGUUGUUCACACCAUCUUAAUAUAAAUCUUUGCUGAUUUUUCUCUCUCCAUCUUUUCUUCUUUUCUGUUUCUUUUUGGAUCAAUAAUCCUUUUUGGUGGGUGCAAAAUAAAGACUUAAUAAUCUUGUGGCUUUGUCUGGUUUGCGUGUGAUACUUGUAAUGGAGGGACACCAAUACCAUCACCAUCAUCGUCAUCAUCAUCAGCAGCAGCAGCAGCAUCAGCAACAGCCUAUCAGUGUUAACGUCGAUGUUGAUAGAUUUCCUCAAUGGAGUAUUCAGGAGACGAGGGAGUUUUUGAUUAUCAGAGCAGAUCUGGAUCGAAGUUUCAUGGAGACCAAGAGGAACAAGCUGCUUUGGGAAGUUAUCUCUACAAGGAUGAGGGAAAAGGGCUACAAUCGAAGCGCUGAACAGUGCAAGUGCAAGUGGAAAAACCUUGUUACUCGAUACAAGGGUUGUGAAACGAUGGAAGCAGAAGCUAUGCGGCAACAAUUCCCAUUUUAUAAUGAGUUGCAAGCCAUAUUCUCGGCAAGGAUGCAAAAUAUUCUAGGGUCAGAAGGUGAAGGAGGAGCGACCGGGUCAAAAAAGAAGGCGGUGCAGCUAUCUUCAGAUGAGGAAGAAGAUAUGGAGGAAAACGAGACAGAUAGGGGUAGUUUUAGGAAGAAGAAAAAAGGCAAAACGGGUGCAGGUAUUGGUGGAAGCAGCAAUAAUAAUAUAAAGGAGAUUUUAGAUGAUUUCAUGAGGCAACAGAUGCAGAUGGAAAUGCAAUGGAGAGAAGCGUUUGAGGCAAGGGAAAACGAAAGGCGGUUGAAAGAGAUGGAAUGGAGACAGACAAUGGAAGCAUUGGAGAAUGAAAGGAUAAUGAUGGAUAGAAGAUGGAGAGAAAGGGAAGAGGAAAGAAGAAUGAGGGAAGAAGCUAGGGCUGAGAAGAGAGACGCUCUCAUCACAGCACUAUUAAACAAGAUUAUAAGAGAAGAUCACAUAUAGACAAGUCAGUAGCUACAAUCAGGUAACUUGUUUAGUUUUCAUGUUUUUGGAGAAGAGGAGGCUUUAUUUGAGAGGUUUGUCCUAGAACUCUCAUUCUAUCAUGAGAUCGAUGUUUUUUAGUUCUAUGGAUUAUUUCUCUCCUGCUGUUUUGCCCAUCGAGGCUUCUUUUGCUAGUAAAAUAGAGCUUCCAUUUCCUUAGUUUUUUUUUUUAUUAUUAUUGUUAUUUUCUUCUUCAUUGCCAUUCUUUUAUCAUUAAGAGGUGACCGUGAAAACACAUUUCAAAAGCACCAUGAAUAAAAAGCUCUCCAAGGUCUAGUUAUAUUUGGUGGUAGUUAAAGAAAUUAAACAAUCUACACAGCCAACCGAUCCACAAACGAUAGUGUUCGAGAUAAUGCUAAGCAAAGUAAGUAUAUAUAGAUUCAUAGUGGACACGGUUGGAAAUGGUCCAUUCUUGCCAAUGCCUCUCAAGUUCUUCAAAGUGUCGUACCUUUCACUUACAAAACUAGACCAAACUGUCCAUAGAUGUCCCUGGUCGCCACGUCUAGUGCUAUCCGUACGUACACACACUUUCAUGAAAGCAUUUGUGGGAGCUUCGAUCCCUAGCAACUAGAGUUUUAAAACAAUAAGAAUUUGUGUUUGUGGUUUCCAUUGAUGCUAAAGUUGUUUGAAUAUAUGCAUAUGAUUAUUAUUUUCUUGCUUUAGAAUAUCGACCAGGAACGACUGACCAAGAGUGAUGGCUGUCAAAACAUGUGCUUGACUAGCCCGGAUUAUAUAUCCUUGUGUGUUCUGCAUUUUGUGAAGAGCUAGGUAGGGUAAACUAAUGAGUAAUAAAGAAGGUUACCAUAUGGGAGCCAUACUCUCUAAAAUGAUUUCCCUCCACGCAAAACUAAAACAGGCAAGAUAUGUCAACGAGAUAGAUGAAAGGGUUUUAUAUAUCUUGACAUGAGGGUAGGUUGAGGUGAAACGAGUCAAGUAGAUUUAUGAACCAAAUUUCUAUUUAUGUUUAUACUUGUUGAAAUUAGGAGUUAUCUAACUGAUUGUAUUGUUUGUCUUUUUGUAAGCUGAGUUUGAGUGGCUUGCAAUGCGAGUUUUCCUUGUUCAUAUUUGUCACUGUGAGAAUAAUUCAAGAAGAAUUAUUUCUUAUAGUCCUAUAUAUUAUGUGACGUGACCCUAAAUUUAACUUUAAGCUUUACCAUAUAAAUAUAUAUAUAUAUAUAGAUGGAUAUUUAGCAUAUUUCUUUACAUUCAAUCAAGGGUAUUUUAAUAUAUGAUCAUGGCCAUAUAUGUUAUUUAUAUUUAAAUUUGCAUGCACUGAAAUCUAAACCUACUUAUUUCAUUUUAUUUUUAUAUAUAUUUUAUGAAUUUGAAAUCGAUACUGUUAGAAUGAUCUGAGGAUCUUUGUACAAUGAUUGACUUUAAGAUUUUACUUUCAAGGUGUUAAAUAUAUUUUGUGUUAGUGGCAAGUCAUGAUAACAAUGGAUCGAUCAGCAUGUGGGGUUGAUUUCUAGGGUUAUAUAUGUUAUAUAUGUUAUAUAUGCCAGUCUGCCUAGCUAGCUAGCCAGCACCUUCAAACAUGAAAAGAAAAAAUCAUGUGAAAUGAGAACAAGAAUUCCGUGUAAUAUUGAAAAUGUUUUAUGAUAUAGCUAGUACUAUAUCUAUUCAUUUGCUUUUUUUUUUUUUUAAUGAAGACAGUGAAUUAUUGUUAGACAUAAUUCAUGAUUUGUGUUUUUCAAGUGGUGUAUCAAUUCAUUGAAAGUAGUGGUAGCAUAUUGUUAGGCUGACCCAAGGUUUAUUUUUUCAUUAAUCAAGAGUCAAGAGUGAUGUUCAUGCAAGCUCAAAAUGAUGUUAUAAAUUAAUGUACUGGAAAUUAAUUGAAAAGUUUUGUUUCAUCAAAAAUAAAAAUAAUUUGCUAAUUUAUACUUUUUUUUAGAAUAUGGUCCAUUACAUGCAAGCUGUGUAAAUAUUGACUUUUUGAGCAUUAUUUUUUGUGAUAGUGACAAGUUGGAACUCAUAGAUUUCUUACUUUUUACCCCUUUUGAUUUUUAUUUAUUACUUUUUUUAGUUAUAUUAGGAUUUUUGAGUAAUUUUUUUGGGAAGAUAACUUAGAAUCUUGUGUUUAAAUUUAAAUACGAAGAAAAUAUAUGAUCGAGUGAAAGAAAUCUAAAGAUGAUCAGAUAAAUGAAAUCUAGGAUUGAUUAGUUUAUUAUAUAUGGGAUCGAAGUAUGUUACUAGACUAAUUGCUACAGUAUUGCAGGCAUUGAAAAUUUUUACUAAAAGUGUGAAACCAAGCAAUGAGUCUUCUUCAUGUGAUUGCACUCUCGAGUUUUGCUUUCACAUCUCACAGCACUUCUGAAACCCGAUUUUUUGCAAGUGAUUCAAGCAAUUAAUAUGUUUGCUGACUCUAGAUUUCAUGAGUUAUGGCUUUUUGUCAACAAUAUUCUUUGCAAGUUUAGUAGCAUCAAGUGCUGCAUCUUCCAAAUCCAUAUGACAUAAUGAUAAUUUCUCUUUAUUUUUUCAUUUUUUUGGUUGCAACAAUAUAAUAUCAUUUCAUUUUUUGACACUACCCUCCUUGCCGAUUGACUCUAUUUUUCAGUCUGAAAAAAUUUGAACUGGUUCCAUUGUUGUAUGUACGUAUGAUAUGUUGCAAUUGCAACAGUUCUGUCCACUACGUACAGCUUUUCAUCAUCACAGCCAGAUGUCUUGUUUCGGCAAUCAACGGCAAAUAAUUGUACUGCGUUCUUGACUAUAUUUCUUUUGAUUUGAUUUUCCAAUGGAUUCACCUAUGAUCAUUGCUGGUUGGAAGACAACCAAUAGCUUCAGAGACAUGAUCUGAAAAUGUACAAAAGGAGAAAAAUAAGCUUCAAAUUUGCUGGACAGCUAACGUUAUAUCCGCGUUUCUGGCAGGAGAUGUUUAUAAAAUUCACCGACGUAUAUAUAUCUUCUAUAUAGUGUCAUGUGCCACGAUUUAUCUGAAGAAACCUUUGCAAAUAUAGUAGCUGCAAUUUUUCAAUCAGCUUCAGAUUUGGCUACUCAUCUAACUUAAAUCACUCUUCUUUCUCUAUUUUCAUUUUCUUCUCUCUUUGGGAAAUAAUUGCUAAUGGUGGUCCCAUGAUUAAUUGCACAGAAUAGAGUAUUUAUAUAUAAAUAUAUAUGUUUAAUUUUGGCAGAAAAAUAUGGGCUAAUUGAUGAACAACCAUACUUUUUAUUUGCUUGAAUUGACUAAGGUGAAGCCCGUUUCAUGAGGAUUUUGAUUAUCAUAACCAAAUUUAUAUAUCCUAAUUUAAUUAAUAAUCACAUGUUUUGUUUUUUAUUAUAAGACAGAAAUAUUUAAGUCGAUACCAACUAUAUUACAUUAGAGCCAAACCAAUAAAAAAUAUUUAUUGCACGUACUAUUUAGUUAUUACCAACUUGUUCUACUGGUUUUCUCAUAUACGAUGUUGAUCAUUCUUGGAAUGUUUUUUGAAGUCAACAGCCAGCAAAAUCUAGAAACCGUAAUAUAUUAACUCUUGUUUGACCACAUCACCAAAAAAAAAAAAAAAAACUGCAGUAAAAAUCAAAAUUUAUACCCUAAGCCACAGAUCAUUCAUGCCGAAGUCGUUUAACUCAAAAUUUGUACCACAUAGUACAAUACGUGCUCAAAAAUAAAAAUGGUGGGGUUUUCACCCUCAAUCAGAGUGUCCAAACUGGGACAAGAUAGAUCUGAUCAGUGAAAGAGGAGAAGAAAAAAAGAAAACAAAAUUUAAAAAAUGGAAACCAAUAAAGAUGCAAACCCUGGCCUUGAAAUUUGUAUUGCAAGUAUCACAUCAAAGGGUCACUGAAAAUGAUGAAAGGGAGAAAACAGCGAGAUUCUACACAAAUCACAAUUAUU